AUGUCUUGGAUUGGAUUAAAAAAGGCAAUUAAUAGAGCUGGUACUCAAGUUAUGUUAAAAACUGGACAAAUUGAACAAACUAUAGAUAAAGAAUUUGAAUUUGAAGAAAAAACUUUUAAAACAAUGGAACAAAAUUCAAUACUUUUACAAAAAAGAUUAAGAUCAUAUUUAGAAAGUUUAAAAUUAUUAACAAAUUCACAAAUUAAUAUUGCAGAAUUAUUAAAUUCAUUUUAUGGUAAUGAAGAGCCAUCUUCUCAUAUUGUAGAAAAUUCAAUAACUGGUGAAUCAAUUGAAAAUUUCAAAAAUUUAUCAUCAGAAUAUUAUACAACUUUAAAAAAAUUAAAUAAUGAAAGUAUAAAAGAUUUAGAAAAUCCUUUUAAUCAAACUAUUUUAAAUCCAAUAGCAAGAUUUAAUUCUUAUUAUAUAGAAGUUAAUGAAGCUAUAAAAAAGAGAAAUAAUAAAUUAUUAGAUUAUGAUUCAAUGAAAAAUAAAUUAAAAAAAUUAAUUGAUACUCCACAAAUUGAAUAUAGUAAUUAUGAUUUAAAAUUUAAAGAAAUUAAUGAUGAAUUAUUGGAAACAGAAACAAAAUAUUUUGAAAUUAAUAAUUUAUUAAAAAAGGAAUUACCAAAAUUAAUUAAUAUGAGAAUUGAAUUUUUUGAUCCAAGUUUUGAACUGUUUGUUAAAAUUCAAUUAAGAUUUUUUAAUGAAAAUUAUUUUCAUUUAAAAAAUAUUCAAAAUAAAAUUGAUUCUAAAACUCAAAAAGAUUAUAUUGAUGGUAAAUUAGAUGAUAGAAUUGAUGAGAUACUAAAUAAAAUGAAAAUGUUGGAUAUUGUUGGUAAAGAUGAAUCUGGGUAA